AUGGCAUCUUUUGAAAAAAAAAAAAUCUCGACGACUAAAGAUCAAGAUUUGGUCACGGGCCCUGGCAAAAAAGCAUUACAGGUAGCUACGGAAACUAAGAAGGACAAGCAACAAAAAGAACGUCCAAACGCCUUUUUAGCUUUUCGAAUCAUGAAUCAACAAAUUGUGCAUCAUGCCGCUGAAAUUCAGAAGGAAAUCAUUCAAUCAAAUCCACUUCUCUCACAAGCUAGUGUUUCCAUUGCGAAGCUUCACAUAACACUCAUGGUAUUCGAACUGAAAAACGAUGAAGAUAAACAAAGAGCUCAGCAAUGUUUGAUUAAAGCAUGCCACCGCAUUCGCAUGGCUCAACUGGUGCCACCUCAAAUUCGCUUUGCUGGCCUGUCCAACUUUAACGACAGAGUUCUGUUCAUGAAUCCCGUCAAUGAUGCACAUCUCGAUGUGCUCAAACAAAUUGCUACAAUUUGUCGAGAAACAUUUGAAGAAAAUGGAAUAUUGCGGCUUGAUAAUCGUCCGUUACAUCCUCACCUCACAUUAUUUCAACUAAAGCAGGGUUCCGUAUAUGAAGGAUUGACAAAGAUUGAUUCAAGGUUAUACACGAAAUUUGCGGAUAAACAAUUUGGCACUGAAAUUAUGCGAUCGCUUCAACUGUGUAACAUGAAAAGGAUACGAGCCGAUGGAUACUAUGAAGUAUUUCUUGAAGAAUCACCAUAUUCAUUGGGAAAUACUGUUAAUAAACGAAUGUAUGAUAAUAUUCGAGACCAAAGUCUUUUAAAAUUAGAAUAA